AUGGCAUUCCUUACCAUCCUUUUCUUUCUUCCUAUCUUCCUCUUUUUUCUUAUCCAAAGACGCAAAACCCACAAAAAUAUUCGUUUGCCACCUGGCCCUCGGGGUCUUCCCAUAAUCGGUAAUUUACACCAGUUUGAUGGUUCAAAACCUCAAAAAGUGUGGAAGCUCUCUCAAAAGUAUGGCCCCCUUAUGUCCUUGCGUCUUGGUUUUUUGCCAGUCUUAAUAGUUUCCUCCGCAAAAAUGGCUAAGGAGGUCAUGAAGACUCAUGAUCUUGAAUUUUGUGGUAGACCUGCCUUACUUACUGCCAAGAAGUUAUCAUACAAUUGCUCUGAUUUGGUUUUUUCUCCAUAUAAUGAUUAUUGGAGAGAGAUGAGGAAAAUAUGUGUCGUUCAUCUCUUCAAUUCUAAUAGAGUUCAGAAUUUUCGUCCCAUCAGAGAAGAUGAAGUUUCCCGUAUGAUUGAAAAGAUAUCAAAGUCAGUUGUUGCUUCUAAUCCCGUUAACUUAAGUGAGCUAAUGAUGUUUCUUACAAGUACCAUUAUUUGCAGAUUGGGUUUUGGAAAGAGGUAUGAAGAUGAAGGAACUGAAAGAAGUAGAUUUCAUGCUCUACUUAAUGAAGCUCAGGCCUUGGUUGCUAGCAUCUGUUUUUCAGAUUGUUUUCCCUUCCUGGGCUGGCUUGACAAACUUACAGGCAUGAUAGGUCGACUCGAAAACAACUUUAAGGAAUUCGACAGAUUUUAUCAGGAACUCAUCGAGGAACAUUUAGAUCCCAAGGAACCUAAAAAUGAUCAGGAAGAUAUAAUUGAUGUUUUACUUCAAAUACGAAAAGAACGAGGAUUUAAAAUAGAUGUUAAUUGGGAUCAAAUGAAAGCAGUGCUUACGGAUGUAUUUAUCGCUGGCACUGACACAAGUGCAGCUACUGUGGUUUGGGCCAUGACCUUGCUAAUGAAGAAUCCAAGAGCAAUGGAAAAAGGUCAAGAAGAAAUUAGAUCUUUAAUCGGAAAUAAAGGUUUUGUAGAUGAAGAUGAUAUUCAAGAACUGCCGUAUCUUAAAGCCAUAGUGAAAGAGACAUUGAGACUACAACCCGUGGCACCAUUUCUAGUUCCAAGAGAAACAAUGGAAAACUCCAUCAUAGAGGGGUAUGAAAUACCACCAAAAACACUCGUUUUUGUGAAUGCAUGGGCAAUAGGAAGGGAUCCUGAAGCCUGGGGGAACCCAGAUGAAUUUGACCCUGAGAGAUUCAUUGGUAGUUCUGUUGACUUUAAAGGUCAACACUUUGAGUUUAUACCAUUCGGUGCUGGGCGAAGAAUUUGCCCAGGAUUAUAUAUGGGACUUGCAACGGUGGAGCUCGCCCUUGCUAAUCUUCUUUACAAAUUUGAUUGGGAAAUGCCCUCUGGGAUGAAGAAGGAAGACUUAGAUUUUGAUGCUCUUCCCGGUGUUACCAGGCACAAGAAAAAUGCUUUGUGUCUUAUGGCUAGACAUAUAAAUAUCAGGGCAAAUUCAGUACUUUGAUCUAUCAAUUAAGUGUUUGAUGUAAACGAAUUUACGGAUCGCUAUGUGUAAUCGAUUCUGCACUGGACUGCCGUUCGAAUGGUUAUAAUAAUGUUCUUCUUAAUUGUUUU